AUGAGCGAUCAGAAAACGAGCAUCGGGCGCGUCGUUGCCGGCGUCGUGGAUGUCCAGGCCACAAUGGCUCUACAAUUCGAUUCACUUGCAAAAGGAUUGGAAGCUUUGAAGCUCGAGCAUCAGUCGGGGAUUUCGCAGCUCCGGGAAGAUUUCCGCCGUUCUGAAGAUCGUUCCCAGAAACAGCUCUCUGACAUCAACGCUCUUCACGGCAAAGAGCUGGAGAGACUUCAUCAAAUUAUACAGACGCUUCUCACUCGCGAGGCAAACCCUGUUGGUGCGACUUCAAUCGUUCCUGCACAACUUCAGCAACAGCAACAGAUUAUGCUUAUGCGGCAAAUGGAGUAUGCUCAUGCUCAAGCACAGGCCCAGGCACAAGCACAGGCACAGAAUCAGGCCAUGGUGAACUUGCUUAGCGCCGCAAACGGGGCCCCCAAGCAAGUUGUUCCCGCUCAACAGCCGGUCAUUGCACAAACCCCACAAAUCAAACCACAGGUUCCGCCAGUUCAGACUGCCCCUGUUUCGCUAUUGCCAAAGACCGCUCCGACUGCAGAGGUCACUGUACCUGUAGUGAAGCCAUCAUUCCCAUCACCCACUGUUACUGAAAAACCAUCAACAACGCUUGUGGAGAAACCAAAGGCUGCGCCAACUACUCCAGCGACCCAAGGAUUCUCUUUCGGCGGAGCCACUCCAUCUACCUCUAUUUUCGGAAAGAAACCAGAAACAGCAGCAGUCCCGACUCCAGUCGUCGUACCGUCUGCUGAUGCCGAUGAUGACGAUGAGAAAGAAGACGACUACGAGCCAGCUGGCGAAUUCACACCAGUAAUCCCAUUACCUGACCUUGUUGAAGUGAAAACUGGAGAAGAAGGAGAGCAAGCUGUUUUCACGAACCGGGCGAAGCUUUACAUUUUUGCUAACGAAACCAAAGAAUGGAAGGAACGAGGAACGGGAGAAUUGAAGAUCCUUUACAACAAAGACAAAAAAUCCUGGAGAGUAGUGAUGAGACGAGAACAGGUUCUCAAAGUGUGCGCAAACUUCCCUAUUGUCGGUUCGAUGAGUAUUCAACAAAUGAAGUCAAAUGAGAAGGCUUACACCUGGUUCUGCGAGGACUUCUCCGAAGAUGAGCCCGCUCAUGUCAAGCUGUCAGCUCGUUUCGGUAGUGUUGAGAUCGCCACCGAGUUCAAGAAUCUCUUCGAAAAAGCCGUUUCUGAGCACAAGUCGAAUGGUACUAUUGAAAAAGAGAUCAAGCCAGCAGAGGUGAAGAAGGAAGUGAAAAAGGAGAUCAAGGAGGAAGUAGUAAUUCCUUCCAACAGUGGUUUUGGAGACAAGUUCAAAUUGAAACCUGGAGAGUGGGAUUGCCCCACAUGCUAUUGUAAAUGUGCCGAUGAUGCUACUGAAUGUUUAGCUUGUGGAACCCCCAAAGAUCCUUCCAAAGAAAAAAAUAUUUUCAAACCGUCUGUUCUCCAGCCUCCAACCGGCACUCCAAAGGUUACGUUCGGGUUCGGUGCAUCUGCUCCAGCUAAGGCACCUGCAGCCCAAACCUCUCAGUUUGGAGCGUCGCUGAAUGGAUCCCCAAGCACAAACAGUAACAUUUUUGGAGGUGGAACUCCGAAGGGAACAAGUAUGUUCGGUGGAGGUGCAACUAACACUCCGACAUUUUCGUUCAAUAAACCUGCUGCAGCUACCAAUGCCACCACACCAUCCUUCAACUUCAACAAGUCAGGAUCAACGGCUUCUCCAGCGCCAUCAGCUACUGGAAAUGCUCUUUUCGGAGGAGGACUUGGCAAGACUGAUUCUACUGCAGCUGCUCCAUCAUUCUCGUUCAGCAAAUCAACCGAAUCAGUUGCAGCCAAACCUUCGUUUUCCUUCGGCAAACAAGCUACUCCCACCGCUUCUCCAGCUGUAGCCGAUGAGAAAAAAAUCAUUGAAACGCCGAAGGGAGUUUUCGGAAGCAGCUUCACUACUGGUUUAUCAACAUUUGCUUCGGUCGCUGCUAACGGAACUGGAAACAUCUUCGACUCCACUAAUGCUCAAAAGGCACAACAGGAGCUCGCUUCCCAGAAAAAGACAAGUGUUUUCGGCAGCAAGACAAAUACUCCAAACACCACUGCUGCGAACGACGAUAACGAAGAUGCUAAUGAAGAUGGAGACGGAGAAUAUGAACCAGAGGUUAACUUCGCGCCAGUGGUUCCACUCCCGGAUUUGAUUGAAGUGAAAACAGGAGAGGAAGACGAGGAGGUUAUGUUCACUGCAAGAUGCAAGCUCUUCAAGUUCCACUCGGACUUGCAAGAAAACAAAGAGCGAGGACUUGGAGAUAUCAAGCUCCUGAAAAGCAAGGAUAACAAGUACAGAAUUGUGAUGCGCCGUGAACAAGUGCACAAACUUUGUGCUAACUUCCGCAUUGAUAAAUCAAUCAAGUUGACUCCAAAGCAAAACAUGCCAAAUGUCCUCACUUUUAUGUGCCAGGACUUUUCGGAGGACUCAACAACUGCUGAUGCCGCUAUCUUCACCGCAAAGUUCAAAGAUGAGGCCAUCGCAACGGCUUUCAAAAACGCUGUUCUAAACGCUCAAUCAACGAUGUAA